AUGUCUGUCCUCGAGAACGAUACAAAACAAAAGUCUCUUACUGUUGGCGGCGGAUAUGAGCCCGACGAUGCCUUCUCCAGCGAUGGUGAUAAUGACGGCGACGACGAUCCCUCCGACCGCAGCGGAGGGGGGAAAGACCCGACUAGCCAGUCCAUCUGGAUACUUAAAACUCCUUUGAAAAUCAAGAUAUUUGUCUGGUGGCUACUACGGAAUAGACUUCUCACCAAGGACAGACUGCGCACCACGACUGGGCCCGAGGAGGAAACCUGCGUCCUCUGCGCCAGCGCCCCGGAAUCGUGCGAUCACCUGUUUGGUAACUACGUGUAUGUUAAAUACCUGCUCUUCAACGUUGCCGGCCCGGAGCUACUCGCCGAACCUCAGAUAAAGGCCCGAGAACUAUGGAUCAGACUUCUAAGUCAAGGAAACGUCAAGAAAAGAUCGAAGGGUCUUUCUACUUUGUCUGCAAUAUGGUGGGCGAUAUGGACUGAGCGAAAUAACACUAUCUUCCGUUCGACACCCCCCAACCCUCUGUGCUCGCUAGAUCGUAUUAACGUCCUCCUAAACAAUUGA